AUGGGUGGUGCACCAGGGAUUGAAGCAUUCAAAGUUGCUGUACGCUCAGGUUUAUUCAAGAAUUGUCCCAUCAGAGAAGAAGACAUUGUUAUUGCUGACAAGAUUUAUGGACCAAACGCUUCAGUUCUUAAAGGAAAGACUAAGCGUCCUACCCCGGAAGCCGUCCGGGAUGAUUGGGUUGAGAUCCCACGUGAAUUGUUGGUCCACAACAUUGAUUUGAAUUUGCAUCUGGAUAUUGCAUUCAUCAAUAACACAUUUGGAUUGACCACAAUUGAUGGUAGUGUCCGAUACCGAACCUUUGUACCGCUACGAAGCAGGACUGCGGAGUCGUUGUAUGACGCAAUCGAUCACGUAUUGCGCAUUUACAACCAUGCUGACUUUACUAUCAAGACUAUCUACUGUGAUGGUGAAUUUAGACCAGUUUUUGAUGAUGUUAAAGAUGAGAUGAAUGUUGAUAUGAAUUAUGCGAGCCGGGGGGAACACGAUCCCACGGCGGAACAAAACAACCAACAUAUCAAGGCUUUGUUCCGUGUCCAAUACCAUCGCAUGCCGUAUAAGGCCAUUCCAAGGAUUAUUACUGAAGCUAUUGCCAAACAAGUUGCACAGACUUCCAACUUUUACCCCGCCAAAGGGGGUAUUUCGGCUUAUUACAGUCCUCAUAUGAUUUUGUUGCGACGCCAAGUUGAUUACUCGAAAGAAUUUGUUGCUGAAUUUGGGUCGUAUGUCCAUGGUUAUGGACAUGAUACUCGCAGUGAUCAUCGGUCACGCACUAUUGAAGCGAUUUACUUGGGACCUGCUGAUAACAUGCAACAAGGUCACAAGCUAUAUGAUUUGAACACGAAAAGAGAGGUUACUAGGCCUCGAAUUACGGUGCUCCCAAUCACUGAUCAAGUGAUCAAAUUGGUUGAAGCCCAUGCUGCUGAGGAAGGCGUUACAGAUUUACGAACCUAUUCCAGACGCAAUGGAGAAAUAAUUUUGG